UUUCUCUCUCUGCUCAAGAGAAACACGACCUGGUUAGUGGUUGCUCUCUCUCUAGAAAACGUUCCCCUUCUCUCUCUCUAAAACGCUUCCAUGGGCUUCCCAGUGGGAUACACAGAGGUCUUCAUCUUGCCCAACCUCUUUCUCCACACUCUUUCUCUCCUCGGUUUCAUCCGAAACCUCAUUUUCGCGCUCUUCCACUUUCUGGGUCUCUCCGAAUUUCUCGAAACCGACGUUGUUUGGCCGGAGACCCGGUCCCACCUGCCGGAAAACCCAUCCGCGUCGGCCCUCCUGAUCCGGGAAUUUCUCCCCGUCGUCAAAUUCCGCGACGUAGCCGGAGACCCGCCUGAGAGCUGCGCCGUUUGUCUGUACGAGUUCGAGGUGGAGGACGAGAUCAGGUGCUUGACGAAUUGCAAGCACAUUUUUCACCGGGCGUGCUUGGACAGUUGGAUGGACCACGACCAGAAGACCUGUCCGCUUUGUAGGAUGGCCUUCGUGCCCGAUGAGAUGAGCGAGGAGUUUAAUCAACGGCUCUGGGCCGCCUCCGAGAUUCACCAAGAUUAUUACAGUGAGUACACAUGAAAAUUUCACCAUGUAAUGUAUAUACACAUGAAAAUUUGGUGCCAAAUAAAUAAAAUUUGAUGCCAAAUUUGAAGAAGAAAAAGAAAAACAGGGAAAGGAGAGAAAAUUUUGGAUAAUUUCUCUCUUUUGUGUUUGUAUAUUUUGAUAUUGGAAAUACAAAUGCUACAUGAUUCUCCA